AUAAAUAUUUUUUGGGGCUAUUCCACCCGCGUCCUCCUCUGCCUCUCCGCACCUCUUGCCGCUCCGCGCCUCCUCCUCCUCCCUCCUCCCCCCCACUCGCGGUCGCCUCUCCCGAUAGAUCUGGUGCCAGGGUUCGCGGCGCCGGCGGACGUGCGGGGGGAGGGGUCGACGCGUGCCUGGUGGCCGGAGGGGAGGAUGGGGAAUCCGCGUGGCGGCCUCGACGAGCAGAUCGAGCAGCUCCUGCAGUGCAAGCCCCUCGUCGAGCCCGAGUUGAAAGCACUGUGUGAGAAAGCUAAAGAGAUUUUGAUGGAGGAGAGCAAUGUUCAGCCUGUGAGAAGCCCUGUCACGAUAUGUGGUGAUAUUCAUGGUCAGUUUCAUGAUCUUGCGGAACUAUUCAGAAUUGGUGGGAAGUGUCCUGAUACAAACUACCUAUUUAUGGGAGAUUAUGUGGACCGUGGUUACUAUUCUGUUGAAACUGUAUCGGUAGGACUACUAACCAGCACAAUUUUCUUUAGCAGUUACUUAUAUAGCUAUCGUGCUAAGUUUUUCUUUGAAAUCAAACAGCUUCUGGUAGCUUUGAAAGUUCGUUAUCCGCAUCGUCUUACAAUUCUUAGAGGAAACCACGAGAGCCGGCAGAUCACUCAAGUUUAUGGAUUUUAUGAUGAGUGCCUACGGAAGUAUGGGAGUGCUAAUGUAUGGAAAACCUUCACGGAUCUUUUUGACUAUUUACCAUUGACAGCAUUGGUUGAGUCGGAAAUAUUUUGCCUGCAUGGUGGACUAUCACCAUCCAUCGAGACACUUGAUAAUGUCCGCGGCUUCGACCGCAUCCAAGAAGUCCCUCACGAGGGGCCAAUGUGUGACCUUCUAUGGUCUGAUCCUGAUGAUCGAUGUGGUUGGGGCAUUUCACCACGUGGUGCCGGAUACACAUUUGGCCAGGAUAUUUCAGAACAGUUUAACCAUACCAAUAGCCUUAAGCUAAUAGCAAGAGCUCAUCAGUUAGUUAUGGAGGGAUUCAACUGGGCACAUGAGCAAAAGGUUGUGACAAUAUUUAGUGCACCUAACUACUGUUACCGGUGCGGUAACAUGGCCUCGAUCUUGGAGGUGGAUGACUGCAGGGAGCAUACUUUCAUCCAGUUUGAGCCUGCCCCAAGGAGAGGCGAGCCUGACGUGACCCGAAGGACGCCAGACUAUUUCUUGUAAAUGUAGCCUAGGCCAUUCGUUUUUGUUUUAUUUUACGGGAUAGCUUAGGUUAUUCCGACAGCAAACAAAAGAAAGCGCGUGAUAGCUAGAUGCGCCGUGUCCUGUCGUGUGGUCAUAAUUUUUGUUGUUUGGGUCUCGCUCUGUUUUGCUUCACUCCUUUUGUUGUAAUCUGUGUGCUCAUGCUGGGCUCAGGGGUGUGAAUGUGAUGGAUGAUGCUGGUAAAUCAAAGGCCCGGCGUAGUAGUAAUUUUGUUGACUCAAGUUGGCUGUGUAGUAUAACAUGUGACGAUGGCAUUGGUGAUUUUAUGGAUACAGCUGAAGUCGUACACUUUGUAAUAACUUGUGCGCAGUUGCUGUCAACAUUGUGCACAAAUUAACCAAGUUUCGAUCCUGUA